UCUAACGUUAAUUUUUUUUUAAAAAAAGAUUUCGAUUCUCUGCUGAACCAAAAGUUAUUCUGAUAACUUUUUCUAAUUUUUUAGAAGAUUUUUUGCACGUAUAGUAGAAUCAGAAUUUUGUGUGUAGCCUGUAGACACUUCUUCGUUGCAGGUUCAGGCUUGGAUACCCAUCAUGCGCCGUGCCAUCAUUUUGUCGAGUACUAAGUCAGUACUUUGUGAAAUUUGUUGGCGACGUUGACUAGAUUUUUGAGCUUGUUCCUGCACUUUUGUUUGCAAUAUUGUCGCUGUAAUCAGUGUAAUGGAUUCGUCCCAUGAUGUUCCCCCAGCACCGAACGAUCCAGAAAUACGGAAAAUAAUCGAGACACUGGCGCAUUAUGUGGCAAAGAACGGAUCUCAGUUCGAAAUUAUGGUACGUGAGCGCGAGAAGAAUAACGCGCAGUUCUUUUUCCUCCGAGGUGGUGACUAUCACCGAUACUACACCUACUGUUUAUCGACCGAGCAUAAGAAACUCGCGGGGCCUGGUGCGAGCGCCCCGGCGUCUUUUCCACCACAGAACGGAGCCCCAUCUGUCCGACCCAUGAUGCAGCAGCCGCCACCGCAGCCGAUCCAGUCCACCGUACCGCCGGCCAGCAUCCCGACAUUCCCUCCUCCGCAGCGCCCUAAUCAAAUUCCUCCCGGCCCCUCCGUACCGGGAUCUUUCGCUCCGCCUAACAAUUUUUCCUCGGCUGGUCCGGAAUCUCAAGAUUUCUCAAAUCCCUACCAGUAUCCCCCUCCGCGGAUGUUCGCCCCUCCUCCUUGGACCCAGGGGGGCAUGGAGGGUCCGCGCUUACCCCCCGAUUUUGCCCCGCAGCAAGGGUUUGGUGCGUUCCCGCCGAUUCGCUCUCGCUUCUCGCAAGGGCCUCCGCCAGGUGUACCGCCGCCCUUUCAGGGGCCCCCUCGUCCGAUGUUCGGCCCGCCACCCAGUUAUGGACCGUUAGGCCAACCAGAGGGACCCUUUCGACCCGGGUUCCCUCCCCGUUUUCCGCCUUUCCAUGCCGGUGGACCACCUUUUCCUCCGCAGGAUGACGGUUCUGGGCAACUGCCUCCGCCUGAGCGGCCGGCUGUGCCGGAGCGGCCGUGGUAUGAUUUACCCGCCGGCAUCAUGAUGCUAUUCAUUAAAACGGAGGAGAAUAGCUACCGCAGUUUAGAUCCCAAAACCAUGAUGAUUCCUCCGCCGCAGUUGAUAACGGAAAAAAGCGUCCGGGCCAUGGAUGCUUUCUACGCUCCGCCGACCCCGUCGCUUCCCCGGAAUGCGGAAGGAUGGGAAAAACUGGGUCUGUAUGAUUUUUACAAAGCCAAGGAUGCCGCUCGCCGGGCAGCACAGCGUGGAGACGCCGUUGAGCAGUACAAACCAGGCAGAUCACGUUCCGGCAGUCCGCGCUCACCGUAUUCCUCUCGAUCCAGAUCCUCGUCGCGCUCGCGUUCCAGAAGCCGCUCCAAAUCAAGAAGCCGGUCUGGAUCACCGCCCAGAAGCCACUCUAGGUCGUCGACUUCCCCCUCUAAGCGCCAACGAAGAAGUAGAUCGCGCUCAUAGAAUUAUUUAUGGGAAAACAAAUUUUUGUAAUUGUUUCUUUGCAAAAUUUGUUAAGAAGCUUGUUAUUAACAAGUAUUUUGCGAUAAUUGGUAUGUAGCACCUUACGAUAUUUUGUUGUUUGAUUUGUUUCUUUGAUUAUGGUUUAUGGAAAAAAACGGUGCCUUCUCGAAUGACUCUCCUGCUCGUCGGUGAAGUUGGCCUAAUUGCGAUCGCUGAAACCAGUUGUUCCAGCAUCUUUUUAUUAAACAGCAGCCCUAAGAAAAAUAUUUGAGUCUUCCUGUUAAAUUUUGUAAUAUCUUUCAUUUAAGUGAUUUUGAUGUGGGCACUGGGCAGUGGAACUAUAGUUUUCACUUUUCAGUGAAACUUUAUCCGCCGUGGUUGAUAUACCGAUAAC